GAAAUAACUAAUUUUGAAAAAUAAAUAUUCAUCGUCUUAGACUUGUAGUUCUAAAGGAAGAAUCUCAGGCACCCAGAAAUGGAGGUCGGAGCGACGGCCACGACAUCUGAACCCAAUCGAAAGUCUAUCUCUAUCAACGUCAAGUUCACCGGAAAGUCAAUACCAAUUACUCUUCCCCCCGAUUCCACUGUGAAAGAUCUCAAAUCCCUUCUUCAACCUUUAACCAAUGUCCUUCCUCGUGGCCAGAAGCUCAUCUUCAAAGGGAAGGUUUUGGCGGACGAGAUGACGUUGGCGGCGUCGGAGGUGGCUAAUGGAGCGAAAAUGAUGCUCAUGGCUUCUCAGGGACUACACCAAGGGGAUGGCCCUAUCCUUCGAGAAGCGAGAACUCGUCCCAGAGAAAGGAGUGUGCAAAAUGCGAGUAAAUUGGUUGAUGAGAAACAGCGUGUACCUGUAGAUAAAAGCCGUUUUGAAAGAUGGAAGGCCACUGGAGUGAUAGCGUUAUCUGACUGCAAUUUGAAGGUAAUUCCCAAUGAAGUGUGGUCUUGUGAAACUUCAGCCAGAGUACUUGAUUUGAGCAACAACUCUAUUAACCGUGUUCCUUCUCAAGUUGGCAGUCUAAGUAAACUGCAGAAAUUGUUGCUGAAUGUUAAUGAGAUAUCUGAUGAGUCUAUAAGUUGGAAUGGUUUUCCAUUUUUGAAGCAUCUAACAGUUUUGUCUCUAUCUCAUAAUCUGUUAACUACUUUACCUUCUGCACUUGGGAGUUUGACUUCACUAAAGCAACUCCAUGUGAACAAUAACAAAUUGAUGAGUCUCCCAGAUGAAAUAAAAUUUUUGACCCGACUGGAAGUUUUGAAAGUCGGCCAUAAUAGGAUAAGCGUUGUUCCUUCAACCAUUGGGGAAUGUAGUUCUCUUACAGAGGUGGAUCUGUCAUCAAAUCUUCUGUCAGAGUUACCCGAGACACUAGGUUGCCUGCUCAAUUUGAAGGCUUUGCAUCUCAAUCAUAAUGGCCUAACGUCCCUACCUUCUACACUAUUUAAGAUGUGUAUCCAACUCUCUACCCUUGAUCUCCACAACACAGAAAUCACCAUAGACCUUCUCCGACAGUAUGAAGGAUGGAAAGCUUUUGAUGAACGUCGCCGUUUAAAGCACCAGAAACAACUGGAUUUUCGGGUAAUGAACCAGGCUGAUUUUGAUGAAGGUGCUGAUAAACAUUGAGAAAAGCGCUUCAUUGCCAUUUUUAUUUCGACAAUAUCUUCGUUAGAUUAUGGUGUUGGGGUUAGAUGAUUUGUUUUUUAUGUUUUAGUUCCUGAUGGACAGGCCUUCACAUCAUCUUCUAAAACACUUGUUUUCUCAGAAUUUGGUUUGGGGAUAAUUUAUAUGGAAAGUUUUAUAUUCUACAAUACAUUUAGGUUUACGCAA